AUGAUGUGCGAGCGUUUGCUAAAACUUGACCUCAGAGAGCAGGACCAAUCACCUCCAUCCCUCAGUGACCAGAUGAGGACGGCGGGUUACAUCUCUGAGCUCUGCAGAAGCGCCUCCUUUUCUCUCUCGUCUCUCUCCUGCCUCCCGAACGAUCCCUCUGACGGUCUGUUUCUGAGCUGCAGCCAAUGGGGGCAGCAGGCAGACAACGCCCCCCCGCCCCAGCCGGGUGGCUCCUCGCAGUGGGGGAAGUCGGCCUUCCUCUCCCAGCGCUCCAUCAGCCUGGUGGAGACCAGCAGCACGCCGGGGCUGAGUCUCAGCUGGCCCGGGGCCGACGUGAAGGCCGCGCCCGUAGACGCCAGCGCCGCUCUGCUGAAUGCCGGCUCCGCCUCGUCCGGCUCCUCCUCCUCCUCGCGCUACAAAACCGAACUGUGUCGAUCCUUCACCGAAAACGGCCUGUGCAAGUACGGCGGGAAGUGCCAGUUCGCCCACGGUCCGGAGGAGCUCCGGGAUCUGAACAGACACCCCAAAUACAAAACGGAGCCCUGCCGCACCUUCCACACCAUCGGCUUCUGCCCCUACGGGAUCCGCUGCCACUUUGUCCACAACGGCGAGGAGGAAAAGAAGCGGCCCGUCUCCCGCUGCUCCUCGACCAGCGCUCCGCUCCAGCCGCUCUCCUCCUCCCGCUCAAACAGACCCCCCCUGGUCAGACAGAGUUUCAGCUUCUCGGGCUUUCCCUCCGCCCCCCAGCAAUCCCUCCAGCCGGUGCUGACCGGCCCCGCCCCCCCCGCUGCUCCAUCUUUCACCUGCGCCCCGUCAGCCUCGCCCCCCUCGUGCGCCGACAUCACCGACCUCUUCUCCCAGGCCUUCCUCGAGAUGGACUCGGCCUUUGAGGCCUCGCCCGCCCAUCAGUUCCAGCCCAGCUUGGGCCAGGCGGUCACUCCGGCCGACCUGCGCUCCCCCUUCCUGCCCUCGCCCGACUCCGGCUACUCGCCGUGCGGGCUGUCUCCAACCGGCUCGCCCUCGCUCAGACAGAGUCCCGGCGUCACCGGGGCCCUCCCAGGUCCUCUGGGUGCCCGAUCCCUGUCCUACACCUCUCUGUCGGACCAGGACCAGGACGGCGGCAGCUCGUCCAGCUCGCUGAGCGGCUCCGAGUCCAGCGGGGCCGGAAACGAGGCCGGUGGCAAACGCCUGGCCGUGUUCAGUCAGCUCUCUGUCCCAGAGGAUGUCACCAGCUUCUGCCUCUAA